AUGAAGGUCCUCGCAAUCUUGUACUCUGGUGGGAAGCAUGCGGAGGAGGAGUCCCGUCUCUUGGGCACGACCGAGAACCAGCUCGGUAUCCGCGACUACCUUCAGUCCCAAGGCCAUGAGUACAUCGUCUCAGACGAUAAGGAGGGUCCCGACAGCGUUUUCCAGAAGCACAUAGUCGAUGCCGAGGUCCUCAUCACCACGCCCUUCCACCCAGGUUACCUCACCCGUGACCUCAUCGAGAAGGCCAAAAACCUGAAGAUCUGUAUCACGGCUGGUGUUGGUUCAGACCACAUUGACCUCAAUGCCGCUGUUGAAAAGGGGAUUCAAGUGCUCGAGGUGUCUGGUUCCAAUGUUGUAUCCGUCGCUGAACAUGUUGUGAUGUCCAUUCUCCUCCUCGUCCGCAACUUUGUCCCUGCACACGAAAUGAUUGAACGUGGUGACUGGCAAGUCUCAGAAAUCGCCCGUAACGCCUACGACCUCGAAGGCAAAGUCGUUGGCACCAUCGGUGCCGGCCGUAUCGGCUACCGUGUCCUACAGCGUCUCCUCCCCUUCGACUGCAAAGAGCUUCUCUACUUCGAUUACACGGCGCUCCCUGAGCAGGCAGCGAGGACCGUCAACGCGAAGCGUGUUGAGGACCUGAAGGAGUUCGUGUCGAAGUGUGAUGUCGUCACUGUUAACUGCCCGUUGCACGAGGGGACGAAGGGUCUUGUGAAUGCUGACUUGUUGAAGCACUUCAAGAAGGGUGCAUGGCUCGUCAACACCGCCCGCGGUGCCAUCUGUGACAAGGACGCCGUCGCUGCAGCCGUCGCGUCCGGCCAGCUCAAUGGUUACGCCGGUGAUGUCUGGAACGUCCAGCCCGCGCCCAAGGACCACAUCUGGCGCACAAUGAAGAACCCUCUCGGCGCCGGCAACGGCAUGGUCCCCCACUACUCUGGCACGACUCUCGAUGCGCAGGCUCGGUACGCGAACGGGACGAAGAGUAUUUUGGAGAACUACCUCACGAACAAAGACCAGGAGCCCCAGAACAUCAUCGUCGGCAAGAAGGGUUACGAGACCAAGGCCUAUGGCCAGCGCUGAGCGGUUUUGUAUCUGGUGUCGUUCGCAGUCUGCUUGCAUGAUAUGUAUGACUAUGUAGCCGCC